GCGGCGGCGCGGUCGCCAUGGUGACAGGGCCGCGGCCGCCAUGGCGGCGCCGCCGGAGUCGCUGCUGCGGUACUGCCAGCCCAUGCUGGUGUCCCGGCGGGGAGAGAGAGCCUCCGCGGGGACGCUGAAGGGACCCCCCCCGCGGACCCCCGCCAGCAUUCCCCCCACGCAGCAGCCGCAGGAGCUCCUGAACAUCAUCCUGCCGCCGCGGGAAUGGGAGGAGGCGCAGAAGCUCUGGGUGCAGGAGGUGUCCACCGCGCCCAGCACCCGCCGGGACGUCGUGCUGCUGCAGGAACAGCUGGACCGGCAGCUGCAGCAGCGGCAGGCGAGGGAAACCGGGCUGUGCCCCGUGCGMAGGGAGCUCUACACCCAGUGCUUCGACGAGCUGAUCCGCCAGACCACGGUGAGCUGUGCAGAGCGAGGGCUCCUGCUGCUGCGGGUGCGGGACGAGCUGCAGCUGACCCUGUCUGCAUACCAGGCUCUGUACGAGAGCAGCGUGGCCUUCGGCGUGCGCAAGGCACUGCAGGCAGAGCAGGGCAAGAUCCACCUGGAGAAAAGGAUUGCAGAGUUGGAAGAGGAAAACAAGGAGCUGGAAAAACAAGUGAGCCAGGAGAAAGCGAAAUGUGAGGCCAUUGAAAGGCAGGAAACUGAACGACGAGAGAUAGAAGAGAGGAAACACAGCGAAGAAGUUCUGUUCCUCAAACGGACAAACCAGCAGCUGAAGACCCAACUUGAAACCAUCAUUGCAGCAAAGAGCUAAUGGUUUUGUUGUCCUCAAGGCAAGCUCAGAAGAGCUGUCAGAAUAAGAAGCUUGCAAUUAGUGACAAAGAUUUGUCUUCCUAAAACAAUCUUGAGUUUUCACUUACCAGUAACAGCAGGCAGUGUAACUGUGUUCUUUCUCUCUUGAAGAGUUGAAAUUCAAGAACUUCAUUAAUUACUGCUCCCUCUUUCAGUGCCAUUUCAGCAGUCAGCUCUUUGAACAGCAAACUUGUCUGGAACUUGCCUGUUGGUACCAUGCUAAUGACCUUCAAAGCAGUAACUAAUAAACAUUUUUAAACGCAAACAUCUCUCUGACAUUAUUA